UCGAAAGUGCUGCUUUUAACUGUGUUUAACAAACUGCACACCGGUGCCCAUCCACCGCUUGUUAGCAUUGCAUGUGCGUGUGUUUGUCAAGCAGCGCGUCGGUACAGCAGAGCCGCCACGCUGGGACUGUGCUGCAGCUGCAUUCACUAAACAUAAGGGUCCCUGUGGACAAGGGUCCAGGGCGAUCGGCGUGCUGUGCCGGGACAGACGCACCACACCAGUCUCCAGGCUGUCGCUGAACCCAGGUUACACGCUGACCCUGCCCUCCUGACGGGUGGACAGGGGACCUUCAGACCUCGCCGGCACUGAAUACGGACAGGCAGACAGACGGACCGACAUAUCAGCCUCCAGUUCUGACUGUACUCGUCUCAAUACAUUUCCACUGAGUCUUUAUUUCUCCCCAGACUUUAAAAUAAAUACUACUGACUCACUUGAAAGGCUUCAGCGUGGUAGUGGCUGUGUUUAUAUAUAUAUGGACAUGUUCUUCACUGUAAUGGUAAGUUCUGAAGCUGGGAGGGAUUCUGCCCCAGGCUGCUGACAGUGGCGGUGGUAUGGACGGUGUCAGAUGGGCGAUCACAACCCGCGACGUCAAUUGUUUUAAUUGACCAUUCAUUUGCAAUAAUUCAGUUACUGUUCUAAUCCAAUUUCCGAUACAGAAACAGAAUCGAAUAUUCCACCGCCGGCAGCGGACGGGAGUUCCCAGGAAGUGGCGCACAGUUCACCGAGCCACCGGGUGCAAAGGGUUGAAAUAAUAAAGUAAUAGGGCUUUCCAAACUGGGGAGAAAAUGAGAAAAAUGUAAUUAAUAACAAAAAAAAAAAAUAGUGUGAAAAGGGCACCCCAUUGCCAUAUUAAACCAUUUUCACGAAGAACGCAGGUUAUUAGCAUCUGUAAUAUAAUAACUGGUGAGCAUCGACGCCUAAGCAUUGGGGUUGGCGCUUGGAACGGCAGUAUACCUAGCCAGCCCUAAACGUGAUCUCUAGCAUCACACGCCAGCUGUUGAUUCUGUCUAGAACAGAAGCAUCUUCUGUUAUUUUCUGCUUCCCCCAUUUCAUUUAAAUAUCACUAAUUUCCAUUAUUUGGAGAGGAAGGGGAGUUUGCUUCUACACUCGAACCAAGCGCAGGACUGGAACGCGUAGUACCGUGUUGUCAUCAGCGGCCAGCCCCACUCGGCCCCCCUUCAGAUCCGCGACCCGCCACUCAGACAGACGCGUUUAUUCACAGCGAGGGAAGGAGGGAGGGGUACAUAGACCUUUACAAACCUCUGAAAAGCAAACAGCGUCAGCCCCGAGACACGUCCAUCGACUGGAACAGAGCUCGGAACCGGAUCAACGCGAGCCUGGACUCCCCGAACAAGACGAAAAUACUUCAGCGGGAGAAGAGAGGCAAGCCAUUGACAAGAAAAGCGCACAACACAAUUCAGCACGGUCUACCGCACAGCUUUCUAUUCCAAUUCACCAAUAACAAUAAAAGCACAUAAUAAAAGGUUGCCAUGGAGACUGCUCUGCUGUUCCUGUGCUCGCUGCUGGUGUAUGUGGCCACCGCAGAUAUCCACAACGCCAGCGAUGAUAAAGACAAGGAUAAAGAACUGGACCCCUUCAACUACGACUACAAGACCCUGCGGAUCGGAGGGCUGGUGUUCGCAGUGGUCCUGUUCACUCUGGGGAUCCUCCUCAUCGCAGAAGAUGCCGCUGCAGUUUCAACCAGAAGCCCAGGGUCCCAGGAGAGGAGGAAGCUCAAGCAGAGAACCUCAUCACUUCCAAGGUGUCAGCCACUGCUGAAACACCGAAAGUGGAGAACUGAGAGAUCAGGCUGACUGCUGACCAGGCCCCUGGCCGCUGACUGACCACUGAGUUGAGAUUCUGUCUGAGGAGAGUGAGAGGAGCCAGUGUUCACAGCGAGCAGUACUGACAGCCGCUGGCUCUGUACUGUAUAUAAACCUGUAGUGCCCUGCCCUGUCACACUGUCCCUGUGCUCUGUACUGUAUAUAAACCUGUAGUGUCCUGCCCUGUCACACUGUCCCUGUGCUCUGUACUGUAUAUAAACCUGUAGUGUCCUGCCCUGUAACACUGUCCCUGUGCUCUGUACUGUAUAUAAACCUGUAGUGUCCUGCCCUGUAACACUGUCCCUGUGCUCUGUACUGUAUAUAAACCUGUAGUGUCCUGCCCUGUAACACUGUCCCUGUGCUCUGUACUGUAUAUAAACCUGUAGUGUCCUGCCCUGUCACACUGUCCCUGUGCUCUGUACUGUAUAUAAACCUGUAGUGUCCUGCCCUGUCACACUGUCCCUGAGCUCUGUCACUGUACCCUGUCUCCAGUAGCUGUUGGCCAGUGUAGCGCUGUUACCUGUCCUGUUUCGACUGUGGGGCGAGUUCUUUUUUUAUUUGAUGUAAAUCUAGAAAUAAAUAUCAUUGUUAAGAAGUGACAAUGCAGCUCUAUGUUUUCCCUGUGGGUGUGUCGUGGGUCAGCGGUGAAAGGUGAAAGGUGAAAGGCGGUGUGGUUGUGCUCGCUUGCUCAGGGGGUGGAAUCCCUGUGAACUGGCUGGACUGGUUAACUGGGGGUUAAUAAUCUGUGCUUGUGUUGUAUCCGCUGUGCGAUUCCUUCAAACGAAGCUCCAAGCUGCCUGUCGCUGGACCCACGAUCAGAUCACAUUGCAGUAUAUAUCCCCUGUCUGUUAGGCUGUUGCUGCGGUGAGUUUACCUGUUCUGUGUGAGAGCGAGUGCGUGCGUGUAUCGAUGUGUGUGUAUGCGGGUGUGCAUAUAGUUCACAUGUACAAAUGUUAUCUCAUGCAGAUUAUUAAACUGACUAUGGAUUCUGUAAUAAUAUUAAUAAUAAUGCUGUCAGUGUAUUGAAAGACUGCUGUGUAUGUUUGUGUUGUUAUCACAAACAAUAAAAAUUGAAACAACUCUCA